UGCCCGAGUGGUGGGUCCGGCACCCACCGGCCGUGCCGCGGGGGCCUCUCCCGAGGCUGGAACACGGCUGUGCUCGGGCCACGGCCCCUCGUGGGCGCCAGCUGCUCCUCUCCACGCUGUGCCACCCCGACCAGGUGUCCCCAUGGAGUGAGCCCGCACGGGGGUCCCGGCAGCUGUGCCAGCACGGGGGGCCGCUGGCUGCCAGCACCGCCAGCAUGAGCGACUUUUGGCACAAGCUGGGCUGCUGCGUGGUGGAGAAGCCCCAGCCCAAGAAAAGGAGGAGACGGAUCGACCGCUCCAUGAUCGGGGAGCCCAUGAACUUCGUCCACCUGACACACAUCGGCUCCGGGGACAUGGCUGCAGGAGAGGGGCUGCCCAUGGUACCCCCAACGCUGCGGGCGGGCUGGGGGGCUCGGCUGGGGGCUGGGGCUCAGGGCUGGCUGACACCUG